AUGUUAUACAGCAAGCAAUGUAUUCCGGUCCUAGGAGCAUGUGUUCUGGAAGUUUCUCAUCAGGGAAAAGCAGCUAAGGUCUACUUUGUGAUAGUACAGGAUGCUUCAACAGCAAUCUUAGGCGUAAAAGCUUGCGACAAGUUAGGACUAGUAAAACGCACAUAUACCAUAAAAAACUGCACAAAGAUUACAGACACAACUGCACAGAUUGUGGAUCAAAAUAAUGACUUGUUCGAAGGAUUAGGAUGUUUACCAGGUGAACAAAAAUUAUCCAUAGAUCCAGACAUUACACCAGUAGUGAGUCCAUGUCGUAAAAUACCUUUCGCUCUACAUGAAAAACUCAAAGAUGAACUUAAACGCAUGGAGGAUAUGGGCGUCAUAUGCAAAGAAACUGAGUAUACAGAUUGGGUGAGUCCGAUUGUAAUCGUUCUCAAAAAAGACGGAAAAAUCCGUGUGUGUCUGGAUCCAAUUCAGUUGAACAAAGCGAUACAGAGAGAACAUUACAAGCUGCAAACGCGAGAUGAGAUUCAUGCCAGGUUCAAGAAUGCAUAUUUUUUCAGUAAACUUGAUGCUCGCACCCUAUUCUGGCAAAUGAAACUGGAGCAGAAUUCAUCAAAAUUUACCUGUUUCAAUACACCAUUCGGAAGGAAUCGAUUUUUGCGUCUACCUUUUGGUAUCUCAUCAGCGCCCGAGAUAUAUCACAGGACCAUUUACAUGAUAUAUGAACGAGGAUGCACGACAAUGAUGGAUGACAUCAUCGUCUGGGGAUCAACACUACAAGAACACAACCAACGACUACAGCAGGUGUUUGAUGCAUCGCGCAAUUCAAAUCUCAAACUGAAUCGCGAAAAAUGCGUAUUUAGAGUUAAGGAACUUACAUUCAUUGGUGACAUUAUAUCUGCAGAGGGAAUCAAGCCGGACGAGGCAAAGGUCAAGGCCAUAACAAACUGA